CCGCUACUGCAGUGGCGAGCCGGCCGGACAUGGGGAUCCAGCGACUCGGAAUAUUCCUUCUGGCGAUCGGCGUUCUCGCCGCCGCCUCCGCCGCACGUAGCACGGAGAAGAAAGCGGGGGCGGUGCCGAAGGCGGAGGACCAGGAGGCGGAAGCCACCAGCAGUCAAGAGAAGAGGCAGGAGGAGCAGAAGGCUAGAGAAGAGGAGCGAGGCGAAGGCGAGCGCCGGCAGGACAAGCGGGAGCUGCACGGCGGCUUCGGGGGCGGCGGGGGUUUCGGGGGCGGCGGAGACUACGGCGGCGGACACCACUUCGGGGGCGGUGCCGACUUCGGGGGCGGCGAAGCCUUCGGCGGCCACACAAGCUUCGGGGACGAGACGGCCUUUGGAGGCGGCAGUGGCUUUGGAGGCGGCAGUGGCUACGGAGGCGACGGGGGAUUCGGAGGCGAUGGAGGAUUCGGAGGCGGUGGAUAUGGCGGCGGAUAUGGAUAUGGUGACAAAGGUCACCACGAGCACGUGUCAGUGAAAGACGUGCCCUCGACGACGCUGACGAAGAAGAUACCUGUGCCGGUACCUCAGCCGUAUCCAGUCCACGUCCCAGUGCCCAAGCACGUGCCCUACACCGUUGAGAAGAAAGUGCCAUACCCUGUUAAGGUACCUGUCGACAAGCCCUACCCAGUACAUGUCCCCAAGCCAGUACCGUACCCUGUCACCAAGGAGAUACACGUCCCAGUCAAAGUUCCUGUCGAAAGGCCAGUCCCAUACAAAGUUCCUGUGGAGAAACUGGUCCACUACCCUGUGGAAGUGAAGGUUCCUGUACCCAAACCUUACCCCGUACACGUGGAAAAGCCAUACCCGGUAUAUGUGGAAAAGAAGGUGCACGUGCCACACCCGUACCCAGUGGAGGUCAAGGUUCCGGUACCAAAGCCCUACAAGGUCCCCAUCAAAGUCCCGAUCCAUGUACCAGUUGACAAACCGUACCCAGUCCACGUCAAGGUUUUCGUCGAGAAGCCGUACACCGUGGAAGUACCUAAGCCGUACCCAGUGGAGGUUAAGAAACCGGUGCCCUAUAUAGUCCACAAGCACGUGCCAUACCCGGUGAAGGUCCCCGUCGACAAACCGUACCCUGUCGAGGUGGCGAAGCCGUAUCCGGUUGAAGUCAAACAACCGUACCUGGUGGAGAUAGAGAAGAAAGUGCCACUAGAGGUGGAGAAGAAGGUACCUUAUCCAGUGAAAGUGCCAGUCGACAAGCCUUACCCAGUUGAGGUGCCAAAACCGUAUCCAGUAGAGGUGAAAAAACCUGUACCUUAUCAUGUAGAGAAGCCUGUACCUAUCCCAGUUAAAGUUCCUGUUCCCAAGCCUGUGCCAUAUGAGGUCGUUAAACAUGUGCCGUACCCAGUGCACGAACAUCAUGAAGACCACCAUCAUGAAGACCACCAUGGUGGAUAUGAACACCAUGAUGCAGGGUACUAAGCGAAAAUCCAUUACCCUCACUGUAAGCAUUCUGGGAAUGAUACGCCAAGAACUUGUUGGGUAUUACUCGUUACAAAAUGUGUUAAUUAUUCCAGAGCUUUGGAAUUUAGAGGGUGAAGCGUAUCUGAGCUGGUGCUAAUCUAACAUUCAGUCUACAUCUGAGGUUAAGUUUAAGCUCCCACUUGGUUUUCUUCAGUUACAUGAGUUAGUGAAAAUAUGAAUAAAUUACUGAAUGCCAUUUGGAAAAUACAGCAAUAGACCUAGGAAUUUUUCAUUUGUUGUGGUUGCGGAUUGAAAAAGCCAUAAAGGAUUGUUCUUUAAUCAUAUUCUCCUCCAAUAAUGCUGUCCACUAGAGGAUUAAUAGGUGGUCAGUUAGACUCGUGCAACUUGUUGGGUUUGGAGACAGCAUCUGUUACUCAGUCAGGUAAUUACAAGACCUACAGCUCUAGCGUGGACUAUUGGUUUAUUUCGUAGUUAAUCAUAUCCUUGUUUGGUGUUGCACAUAGUUAGUACAGGUUACCAUGCACACCAGAGAAGCUACUAAUUCAACAUGCAAAGAAACUAAAUUCACAGCCAAUAAAAUAUUUUACUGGUUGAUUGUAAGCAUAGAAUAGGUGGGCGUUGAUGAAAUCCAAAUUGGCAAAAGAGAUCAUUCGACGAAUCUGAUGCUUCAACAUGUGCAUUGAGCAUUUAUUAGAACUAUCUUAGAUGGUUACUUAAUUUUCUUUUCCGAGGGACAGGUGAAAAACAGUGUUCCAACUUGCGCACAUCUCAGCUCCGCUUCCCAGGAGAGAGACAAUGGAAGCAAGUUCUGAAGAAAAUGGACAAGGCUUGAAAUGGAACCACUAUCUCGUUCUAUAUUGGAGACGCUAAACACCCGCCUUGUUCAGUGGAAAAACAGUUUACUGUCCAACAAAUCGCUUCACUCACAUUAAUGUACUGGGUGAUCAAAAAGUCAGUAUAAAUUUGGAAACAAUAAAUCACGGAAUAAUGUAUAUAAAGAGGUACAAAUUGACACACAUGCUUAGAAUGACAUGGGUUUUUAUUAGAACCAAAAAAAUACAAAAGUUCAAAAAAUGUUCCACAGAUAGCGCUUCAUCUAAUCAGAAUAGCAAUAAUUAACAUAACAAAGUAAGACAAAGCAAAGAUGAUGUUCUUUACAGGUAAUGCUCAAUAUGUCCACCAUCAGUCCUCAACAAUAGCUGUAGUCGAGGAAUAAUGUUGUGAACAGCACUGUAAAGCAUGUCUGGGGUUAUGGUGAGGCAUUGGCGUCGGAUGUUGUCUUUCAGCAUCCCUAGAGAUGUCAGACGAUCACGAUACACUUGCGACUUCAGGUAACCCCAAAGCCAAUAAUCGCACGAACUGAGGUCUGGGGACCUGUCAAGCCAAGGAUGACGAAAACGACGCGCGCAAGAGAUCUUUCACGCGUCUAGCAAUAUGGGGUGUUUUUGUUUGGUUCUAAUAAAACGCCAUGUCAUUCCAAGAAUGUGUGUCAAUUUUUACCUCUCUGUCUUCAUUAUUCCGUGGUUUAUUAAGCUUUCAAAUUUAUACUCACUUUCUGAUCACCUAGUACAUUGAACAAAGCUUGAAUGUAGUUGUAAGAUACCAGCGUAUUGAUACUACAGAAAUAAUAUUCCACAGUAACUCGUGUAACUGGACAGAGCUUUUAAUAGUGUGCUCAUAAUCCCAAUGCUAAAUGGCUUAGAAAUAGUGGGUUUCUAACUGAUAGGCGAGCUAUCUGGAAAGCUUUCAUGCAUUAUUGAAAGGAACAAUUAUAUGGGUCCACACACUGAUCCUUGUGGUAACAUAUUCAGUGUUUUUCAAACGGACAUACUGGGCUGCGUAUCAGCUCUAAGAGUACUUCUUGCUCUUGGUAUAUAUUGGUAUUAAGAAGGAUUGCAUUCAACACUAAACAGUCCACAGUCAGUAGUUUUAAGUAAGUAUGUGAGCUCUACAGACUUCCUCGUAUUCUUGAGUGGAGCAGUUAUUUAGGUCCACACAUUGAAGCUUGUGGAACUUUGCUGCCAGGUUUUUCAUACGAGGGUCGUAACUUACCUGUGUGUCAGCUCAAAAAGCCGGUGAUGCUGUUGGUACGACUUCGUUCACUGGAUACGGUACUUUCACACGGGAGACACUACGGCACUAUAGAGAUGUGCCCCCAAGGGCUCCAACCCCUGGCCAGCCACACACCCCGGCAGCUGCGACUCCCGGCCACUGUACGCUCGAGGACGAGGAGGACACAGCCCCAGAGUCUCAUCCAUCAUCGCCUGGACAGACGCGGCGGGGGCGGCGGUGGCGGUGGAGGCGGCUGCGGUGGCCGCGACUGCUGCUUAGAAAGACCUGUUUCAUAAUAAGACUGCCGCAUAAUAAAGAAUUGUUACUUUAGCUGUUUUAA